GAUCAGAUUAAAGAAUGAGGAGUGUUCAUGGCUCUUUUCCCCUACUUUUUCUCCUUGUUACUUCAGUAGCUUGUGCAGAAUAUUUUGACUCCACUUAUCUUAAUCGAAAAAGUUUUCCAGAUGGUUUCGUAUUUGGAACUUCAUCAUCAGCUUACCAGUAUGAAGGUGCAGCAAAUAAAGGUGGUAGAGGACCUAGUAUAUGGGACACCUUCGUUCAAAAUUACCCAGAUAAGAUCAAGGAUCACAGUAGUGGAGUGGUUGCUGUUGAUUUUUAUAAUCGCUAUAAGGAGGAUGUGGCUAUAAUGAAAGAGAUGGGAUUUGAUGCUUAUAGAUUUUCCAUCUCAUGGUCCAGACUCUUACCUCGCGGAAAGCUAAGUGGAGGAUUGAACCCAGAAGGCAUCACUUAUUACAACAGUCUCAUCAAUGAGCUCCUCUCAAAUGGAUUGCAGCCUUUUGUCACUCUCUUCCACUGGGAUGUUCCACAAGCCCUUGAAGAUGAGUAUGGUGGCUUUAUGAAUCCUCAAAUUGUGAAUGAUUUUCAAGAUUAUGCAGAGCUAUGCUACAGAUUAUUUGGUGAUAGGGUGAAGCACUGGAUUACUUUAAAUGAGCCCUUGACCUUUGCGACCAUUGGAUAUUCAAGUGGUGCACAUGCACCAGGCAGAUGUUCAAAAUGGUUUUCUCCGAAUUGCAGCGGGGGCGAUUCGGCCACUGAACCAUAUAUUGUCGGCCACAACUCGCUUCUUGCUCAUGCAGCUGCUGUCAAAGUCUAUAGAACCAAAUACCAGAUGUCUCAAAAGGGUCAGAUUGGAAUUGCUCUAAAUUCUAUUUGGGCAAUACCCUUAAGCGAGUCAAAUGCAGAUCGCAAUGCAGCAUCUCGGGUCCUUUCUUUCCUGUAUGAUUGGUUCUUGGAGCCACUAAAUUCUGGUUUCUACCCAUCUGAAAUGGUUACCUAUGUCCAGGAAAGAAUGCUGCGAUUUACUAAAGAACAAUCUCUGAUGGUUAAAGGAUCUUUUGAUUUCUUGGGGCUAAAUUAUUAUUCUGCAAAUUAUGCAGCUGAUACUCCUUGCUUAAGAGAAAAUCCGAGCUACUUAACAGAUUUAUGUGUUCAGCUUUCAUUUGAGCGAAAGGGAAUUCCUAUUGGUCCAAAGGCUGCCUCGGAUUGGCUUUAUGUUUAUCCAGAAGGAAUUCAAGAAGUUCUGCUCUAUACAAAGAAAAAGUUGAACAAAACAGUCAUCUAUAUAACUGAGAACGGCGUCGACGAGCUUAAUGAUGGUAAAUUAUCCCUGGAGGAUAACAUGAGAAUAGACUACUACUCUCGUCAUCUUUCAAAUGUUCAAAGUGCCAUUAAGAAAGGGGUGAACGUGAGGGGUUAUUUUGCAUGGUCGUUAUUGGACAACUUCGAAUGGGGCGAUGGUUACACAGUUCGUUUUGGGAUUGUGUAUGUUGACUACAAGCACAAUUUGAAGAGGUACCCAAAAAAAUCAGCCAUGUGGUUCAAGAAGUUACUCCGUCGACAAAUCUAGACACUCUAAUUAUAAAAUAAGAAUGAAACUUCAUGGUUUGAUCAUAUUCAGUGUGACUGUAUUCAAUUCAGAACAGUAACUGAUGAAGUUCUUGUACGCCAAAAACACAGUAAUGGGAAAUUAGUUUCUUAGUGUUACAUUAUGGUUUCUUGUAUAUAUAUAUAUAUAUACGUGUAAUUGUUAUACAGAGGACAGUUUAAGGGGUACUCUUUGCUCUUGUAUGCCACAAACACAGUAAUGGCAAUUGAGAGAUCCUUCCUUGUCCUGCAACUGCUUGCAUUGUUUGUGGCAAUUGCAAGUGGAGUAAAAUCGUUAAAUCCAAGCAGUUUUCCACCGGAAUUUCUG